AUGGGUAAAAACAAGUUUCUCGGUUCAUGUCAAAAACAUGAAGCAUUUUUCCUGUUUCUCUCUUUAUUUAACCUAACAUUCUAUGGCUCCACAGCCCAGAAUUUGAUCCAACCAACUUCAUCGCUACAAGCUGCUCCGGCGAGUCAACGUGCUACUCUCCCUGGCAUUGGAAUGACUUCAAUUAGAUUAGUUCAAUACAAUGUUAGUGAUACGAUGAGUCACGUUAAGAUGCUACUAUUGAAGGAUAAGCAAUUGGAUUCUCAUAAUACGAGUUGCUUGAAGGCUUGUUUAGAGGUUUAUUCCAACGCGAUCGCAAGUAUCAAGCAUGCUACGAAGAGUUAUAAUACGAAGCAAUAUUAUGAUGCGAAUAUACAAAUAAGUGCAGUUAUAGCUGACGCUACGACAUGUGAAGAUGGGUUUAUGGAGAAACAAGGUGGUGUCUCACCGUUAACUAAGAGAAAUGACAAUACUAUUCAAUUAUCUUCCGUCGCACUUUCUGUUGUGAACUUUAUGUUUUACAAUAGAUCAAUGGAAUUCAAAUUAACACGUUAAUGUCAUAUGUAUAAUAUGAUCUUUGAAUUACAACACUUUAUGGAUUUUGAUUGAGUUGGAUCUGAUGGGAACCGAAACCUUUGUUAGUUACCGAUUCGAGUAUGUUUGUGGUGCAAUGACUGAGGUUGUUUAUUUCGUAAUAGUUUCUCUUUCCAGCUCAAAAUAAGUUGUGUAAUGUUAUAUAUCGUUUAUAAUCCUCCCCUCCUCACAUUGCUAGUCGAUUUAAUUAUGAAACGUUCAAAAAAUCUGAUUAAAUGUAAGGUUGAAAAAAUUGCUAAGAGAAAUAAUUUUUCUUUA